AAAGGGAGAUCCAAAGUAUGGUUCGUUUUGAUAGCUAUUCUGAUGACGGUAACAAUGAUGUGUGUAUGCCUGUGGGUAAUCAGGAACAAAAAGAAGAAGAAGCACAGAGAAGGGAUAAAAAACCCGUAUUUUGCAAACGGUGGGAGCAAUGAGAUGGGUGCCGAGGAUUUAGAGUUGCCAUUGUUUGACUUCACAACCUUAGAUAUUGCAACCAAUGGCUUCUCAAAAUACUCCAUGCUUGGAGAAGGUGGCUUUGGGCCUGUCUAUAAGGGUAUGCUCGACGAUGGAAAAGAAAUAGCUGUAAAGAGGCUUUCAAAGGAUUCGAGGCAAGGGCUGAAAGAGUUUAAAAAUGAAGUUUCAUGCAUUGCUCGACUUCAGCACCGAAAUCUUGUAAAGCUUCUCGGCUGCUCUGUGCAGGAGGGAGAAAGAAUGUUGGUGUACGAAUACAUGCCCCAUAAAAGCCUGGACUCGUUCAUAUUUGAUAAGACGAAAAGAUACACGCUUGACUGGCCUACUCGGUAUAACAUCAUUAAUGGCAUCGCCAGGGGACUUCUCUAUCUUCAUCAGGAUUCUAGAUUGCGGAUCAUACACAGGGAUCUUAAAGCCAGCAAUGUUUUGCUCGAUCUUGAGAUGAAUGAUGUGACUCAAUUUAAACCCUUUUUCUGCCGAUAAUAAUAUAGAAUAAGUAAGGGUAUCGUUCAACGCCAGGAAUCAAGGGCUCACUUAACUUAUAUUUUGCAAAGAAAUAACGAUUGGAUUUUGUUUUAUCUAUUAAUUAAACUAAUUAUUAAACUAAAGCAAAUGUGUUUUUAACAAUUAAAGAAGCAUGUUGGAAAGCAUAUUAAUCCACCACUAAACCCAUGACAUACUCUGAAACCCUUAUGAUAUGUACUGAAAGACACUUAUAGAGAACUUGUCAUGGCCCACAUAGAAACAAGCUCUGCUAUCCGCAUAACCCCAUGGACCACAUAGAAAGGCUAAACAGAUUACACACUGAUACAAUUAAUCCCAUGGACCACAUAGAAAGAUUAAUUGACUUUACAGAUAUAUCAAUCACAUAACUGAAUUGGAUGUCCACAUACCACAGUUAAUUCAAGAAUAUCUAUAAGCAUUGACGUAUAUAUAAGUGCAAUCAAGAACAUAUCUCGGAAAAUCAAAAUAUCAUUGUCAUAAAGUUUAGGGCUU